AUGGAUCCAAAUAUUUUAUUCUCCUAUUACCAAAAGAAUAAUAGUGAAAAUCACAAUGAUGAUGAUUUGAAAAACUCUGCUAGUGCCCAAGAUAUUGGAUCCCAAAACGUCGUACCAAAUGAUGAUGAUACCGUCAAUGGUGACCAUAAUGAUAAUGAUUCAGACUACAAAUAUGAUUCUGAUUUAGAUGAUGAAGAAUUAGAAGGACUAUAUGAUGACGAUGACGACGAUAAUGAUCAUCAUGGACAUCACCAUCAUGAUGAUGAAGCUGGUUUUGUUGAAAACUUACCGGAACAUGCUUGUGCUUAUUGUGGUAUUCAUAAUUCUUCAAGUGUUGUUAAAUGUAAUACUUGUAACAAAUGGUUUUGUAAUUCCAAGAAUAAUACUUCAAGUUCUCAUAUUAUAACUCAUUUAGUUAUGUCAAAGCAUAACGUUGUCUCACUACAUCCAGAUUCUGAUUUGGGCGAUACCACUUUGGAAUGUUAUAAUUGUGGUAAUAAAAAUGUUUUCGUUUUAGGGUUUGUUAGUGCAAAAUCAGAAACUGUUAUUGUUAUUCUUUGUCGUUUACCUUGUUCUCAACAAAAGGAUUCAAGAUGGGAUACAAAUGAAUGGACUUCCUUAAUUGAAGAUCGUCAAUUAUUGUCUUGGGUUGCUAAUAUUCCAACUGAAGAAGAUACACUGAAUGCAAGAAUUAUAACUAAUUCUCAAAUUUCUAAAUUAGAAGCUAAAUGGAGAUUAAAUAAAGAUGCUACUAUUCAAGAUGUUGAAAAACCUGAAGAAGAAAAUGAAAUUGUUCCAAUUUUAAUGAGAUAUACUGAUGCUUAUGAAUAUCAAAGAUCUUUUGGUCCUUUAGUUAAAUUAGAGGCUGAUUAUGAUAAACAAUUAAAAGAAUCUCAAGCUUUAGAACAUAUUUCUGUUAAAUGGUCAUUAGCUCUUAAUAACAAGCAUUUAGCUUCUUUUACUUUAUCAACUUUUGAAAGUUCAGAAUUGAAAGUUGCAGUUGGUGAUGAAAUGAUUUUACGUUAUUCAGGUAUAAAUCAUGAAGCUUGGGAAGCUAAAGGUUUCAUUAUUAGAAUUCCAAGUGCACACCAAGAAGAAUUCACAUUAGAAUUAUCAACUAAUCAUAAAAAUCCACCACCUACUCAAUGUACAACUGAUUUCACAGCAGAAUUUGUUUGGAAAGGUACAUCAUAUGAUCGUAUGCAAAAUGCCAUGAAAUCGUUUGCCACCGAUCAAUUAAGUGUCAGUGGUUAUAUUUAUCAUAAAUUAUUAGGUCAUGAAGUCAAUGAAGUUGAAUUUGAUAUUAAAUUACCUUCAAAAUUUUCAAUUCCUGGAUUUGCAGAAUUAAAUGUUUCUCAAGCAAGUGCUGUUAAAAAUGUGUUACAAAAACCUUUAAGUUUAAUUCAAGGUCCACCAGGUACUGGUAAAACUGUUACUUCAGCCACAAUCAUUCACCAUUUGACUAAUUUGAAUAAAGAUCGUAUUUUGGUUUGUGCUCCUUCAAAUGUUGCUGUUGAUCAUUUAGCUUCUAAACUGGAUCAAUUAGGCUUAAAAGUUAUUAGAUUAACUGCCAAAUCAAGAGAAGAUGUUGAAAGUUCAGUUCAACACUUAUCUCUAUCAAAUAUUAUUCAAAAAAGUGCAAAAGGUCAAUUAAAAAAAUUGUUGAGAUUAAGAAAUGAAUUGGGUGAAUUAAGUGCAGAAGAUACCAAGACUUAUUUCACAUUAUUGAGAAAGAAGGAAAAAUCAAUUUUGAAACAAGCAGAUGUUGUUUGUGCAACUUGUGUUGGUGCUGGUGAUAGAAGAUUAGAAAACGUCAAUUUUAGAACAAUUUUAAUUGAUGAAAGUACUCAAGCUUCUGAACCUGAAUGUUUAAUUCCAUUAGUUCAUGGUGCUAAACAAGUUAUUUUGGUUGGUGAUCAUCAACAAUUAGGUCCUGUUAUUUUGGACAAGAAAGCUGGUGAUGCAGGUUUAAAACAAUCACUUUUCGAAAGAUUAGUUGUUUUAGGUCAUGUUCCAAUUAGAUUAGAAGUUCAAUAUCGUAUGAAUCCAUGUCUUUCAGAAUUUUCAAGUAAUAUGUUUUAUGAUGGUUCUUUACAAAACGGUGUUACUAAAGAACAAAGACAAUUACCAAAUUCCGCCUUCCCAUGGCCAGUUGUGGAUACACCAAUGAUGUUUUGGGCAAAUUUUGGUAGAGAAGAAAUUUCAGGUAGUGGUACUUCGUUCUUGAAUAGAAUUGAAGCUAUGAAUUGUGAACGUAUCAUUACAAGAUUAUUUAGAGAUGGUGUUCAACCAGAACAAAUUGGUGUUAUUACUCCAUAUGAAGGUCAAAGAGCUUACGUUGUUCAAUAUAUGCAAAUGAAUGGUUCUAUGGAUAAAGACUUAUAUAUGGAUGUUGAAGUUGCUUCAGUUGAUGCUUUCCAAGGUCGUGAAAAAGAUUUCAUCAUUUUAAGUUGUGUUAGAGCUAAUGAUCAACAAAAUAUUGGGUUCUUAAGUGAUCCAAGACGUUUGAAUGUUGCUUUAACAAGAGCUAAAUAUGGUGUUGUGAUUUUAGGUAAUCCAAGAGCUUUGUCUAAGAAUCAAUUGUGGAAUCAAUUAUUAUUACAUUACAGAGAAAAAGGUUGUCUUGUCGAAGGGUUAUUAGACUCUUUACAAUUAUCUUCAGUCCAAUUGAAUAGACCAAAUAAUAGAUUUAAACCAAAUCGUGGUCGUCAAAACUUUGGUGGUGAAGCUUAUCAUAAAUUUGGUGCUCCAACUACAAAUGCUGGUUCAACAAUUAAUGACUUUGAAACUGCAAGUUUAGUUUCAUUUGCAACUGAUAAUGAAUCUGUUGGAUUCACAUCUAAUGCAGGAUUCCCACCAUUUUUCUCUGCUAAACAAUGGCCAACUUUUAAUGAUCAAUAUCAAUCAAAUGGUAAUGAUGCAAAUGAAAGCGAAAAUGCCACAAAUGGUAAUACCUAUGAUCCAGCAACAAAUCCACAAAUUGGUUCAAGUUUCAGUUCAAGAUUAGAAAAACUUGGUGGAUCUUCAUCUCGUUAUGAUAACCAAAAUAUUGAAGAUGAUAUUAGAAGUAUUACUUCAGGUUUUGGUCCAUCAGGUUUGAAUUUAAAUGGUCGUUGA